AUUUUGUACCCCUUGCUUUCACUACAUAAAUAAUGUUUAAGCGAGCUUUUAUUCAAAUAUCAAGAUAUUCUACAAAAGCUUUUUUGCCAUCUUCUAUAAUUACUCCACCAAUUGAAACUCGUCUCAAAGCAUUGUCCGAUCGCCAUGAUACACUACUCUGUCAACUCAAUAAUAUCAACUUAUCACCCGCAGAACUUACUUCAGCCUCAAAGGAACUGGCUAAACUUACAACUUCAAAAGCUCUCUUUGAUGAAUGGUUAAAGCAUCGUCAGGAUCUUGCAGAAUUACAGAAUUUAUCAGAGGAUCCAGAAUUAGCAAAGCUUGCCCAGGAGGAGUCUAACGACAUUACCCAGGCUCUCCAACAAGUAGAAAAAAAUCUGUUAGAAGAAUUAGCUCCAAAGGAUGCAGCUGAUAAUGCUAUAAGUGCAAUUUUAGAAAUUCGUGCAGGGGCAGGCGGAGAUGAGGCGUCGUUAUUUGUUGCUGAUCUUAGCCGAAUGUAUGAGAGAUUUGCACAGCUACAGCGUUGGAAAUGGGAGAUAAUUUCCAGCUCAGAAGAAGCCAAAGGAUUAAAGGAUUUAACAGUGAGUAUAGGUGGACGCAAUGUGUUUACAUUUCUCAAAUAUGAAUCAGGAGUGCACAGGGUUCAGCGGGUACCAGCAACAGAAACACAGGGUCGUAUACAUACCUCAACAGUAACAGUCGCUAUUCUACCAGAGCCUAAUUCAGUAGAUAUUGAUAUCAAAGAUUCUGAUUUAAGAAUAGAUGUUUACAGGUCAUCGGGCGCGGGUGGCCAACAUGUAAAUACAACUGAUAGUGCGGUCCGUAUCACCCAUUUACCUACGGGUAUUACAAUAGCAAUGCAAGAUGAACGCUCGCAGCAUAAGAAUAAACUUAAGGCACUCAAAGUAUUACGAGCAAAGAUCUUUGAGCAAGAGCGACAACGUGUUGAUAUGGAGCGCCGUCAGUCACGUAAUAAGCAGAUUGGGUCAGGCGAUAGAUCAGAAAAGAUACGAACCUAUAAUUAUCCUCAAAACCGUGUCACAGAUCAUCGUAUCAACUUGACACUGUAUGAAUUAGAACAGAUUGUUUCUGGAGAAGGAUUAAUGCACGUCAUUGAGCCACUUCAAAAAUAUUAUUUAAUGGAAUCAAUUCUUUUAGAUGAGUAAACAGGCUUGUACAUAAUAAUAAAUAUUGAUAGACUUAAACUGAGAUUAAACAAUAAUAAACAAUACCCCAG